CUACAGAUUAAUCAUUAUAAAUCAGCGUGCUGAGGUGACCUACCGUUACAAUCGGAUAUACGCUCGUCCAUACAGUCUAGGUAGACUGUAUAUAGGUCAACCUAAGAGGUGUUAGAGGAUUGUGCGGAGGCAAGAGCCAUGGCAGCUGUGAGAUUCAGCGCUACUCCCAGCAUCACGACCAUUUUGCUCAAACUUGUCACGUGUCUCUUAAUCUUCUACUCGGCCUUCUACACCGUGUCCAGCCUGUGCCUCGGAGUUUUCAGGAUGGAGAAGUUUGAUGGCCUCAUGCCCUUCGAUUUCAACGAGCCUCCUUCGCUAAAGCCCUCCUACAUAGCCAUCCUCAUCUCCACGGAGGUGACCUUUCUGCUGAGUGGACUCCUCUUUGCCAUCGUCGUGCGGGGCUGGCUCUGGGACUACGCCGUCUCCGUGACUGUCGUCCACAUCAUUACCACCUGCAUCGCGCUGCGAGCACCACAGAGGAGAAGCGACCGGGAUCUGGAGAAGCUACGCAGUGCAGUGAGGAGACUGGGCGAGAAGUUUUCGUGCAGAAGGAGACAACCAAAUGCAUCCCGAAGUCGAACACUUUGCCAAAUCCUCACGCCGUGUGGGUAAUGGGGGUUAUUAGACCAUACCUUCACCACGCUGGUAUUUGCGGGUUAGUGCUGGUGGGCAGCACGGACGUGGGAGUCCGGUCGAGAAACUUUCAGCAAUGGUUUGCGCUGCACUGCCCUCUGCUGCCCACCGCACAGCCCUGCUGGUUCAUACGCCGUGGGUGUACAGUAGCCAAAUGCUUCGGUACUUAUUUCCUUAAGAUCCCAAGUUAAAUGCAAGGUUAUUAGUUGAACCGGGAGAGUAGGAUGAGUCUCGCUAACAAGAGUGACCUGGGUCACCAAAACGACAAUAGCGAUAUCCAGCAGUGGAGAGAACAGGAAUCCGAGAAGACACGACCGCGUUACAGGGGAAACGGAAAUACAUGUACUGGACAAGCGUGAACCAACUCUUACACAGAAACAGCAUUGUCCUGCAACCCAAGUCGGCACAGAAAAAAUACCUUUAAACAGUUCAAAGUCAUUAAGUAAAAAACGUUCAACAAGUUUAGGAAAAGAGGAUUUAUAUCCCCUGUUUGUUUAGGGCAGGGGUCGGGAACCUUUUUGGCUGAGAGAGCCAUGAAAGCCACAUUUUAAAAUCAAUUUCCGUGAGAGCCAUAUCAUAUUUCUUUAACACUGAAUACAACUAAAUGCGUGUAUUUUUAACUAAGACCACCAAUUUUUGAAUAUAAUAAGUCUCUGAAUGUAUCCUUUUUAAUAACGUUAUACCAACAACCAAUAAUAAAUAAAAUACUUCAUACCAUUAAUGCGACUUCUGGUGCUGCAUGGUUUUGCUGAUGGCUUUGUAGUCUGGUUGAUACGUGGUGAGGUUAAGCUUCAUGCAGGCGUUGAGGCUUUCAUCCGUUAAACGGGAUCGUAGGUUGGUCUUGAUGUUUUUUAGAUGUGAGAACGACUGCUCACGUGAAUACGUAGAACCAAACAUGGUCAAUACAACAAUACUCACACGCUGCAGUGUGUGGUAUGUGACAGGAAGCGCGUUCCAUGUUUUGACAAUCAACUGGUCUGCGGGUUGACGUUUUUUUCAUUUCUGUCCACUCGUGUUUGCUCGCCAGCUCUGAUUGCUGUCGUUCAAGUCUUUCCAAAUUUUCAUUCAGUGAAUUGAACUUAUUCACCCACAUGUCUGAGGCCUUCAGGUCAGCAACUUCCAGCUCAAAAUCUCUAAUGGAGACACCAGGGAUGUAACUCAGGUCGGCUUUGUCCACUGCACACUCGUGUGGAUGAGUGAUGAACUUGAAAAGACGAGUGUGCUCACGAAAUUCUCCAAAGCGUGCUAUGAAUGACUGCUGGAGAUCAGAUGUGAAAUCAGAUAGCUGCUGGAGAUCAAAAUGUUGAACGGGGUCACUUGCUGUGCACGCAUCUUUAAAUUCUCUCAGUUUUUCAAAGUGCAGUAAACGACCUGUUUCAAUAUCCACGAUGAAGAGUUCCAGCUUGUUUUCAAAUGCAAACACUUCUUGUUGAAGGGAUAAGACUGUAUUUCCAAUGCCUUGCAUUUUCACAUUGAGCUGGUUCAGAUGUCCAGUCAUGUCUACAAGAUAAUAAAACUUCAGGUGCCACUCAGUGUUAGCUAGCUCAGGAUGCUCGACAUCUUUCAUUUCAAGAAAAGUCCGGAUUUCGC